GAGCUGUCCAGUCCCGGCCCGAGCCCGGACGAGCACCUGGCGCGCGCGCGUGGAUGUGCGUGUGCGUGUGUGUGCGCGCGCCGGCUGGCACGCCUUAUUUUUGGUUAACAACCCUAACCACGUUUGGUUCUUUAAAAAAUAUUUCUUUACUGGGUGUUUCAUAAUUGGCUUGUUGGAGAAGGGACACGCCGUUUCAUCUUUCCUGCAACUACUUCCCUCCUCAUCCUCGUGCAUCUCUCAAUUCUUCCUCCUUUGCCUGCCAUUCCCUCUUCCCCAACCCUGCCAAUGGCCUGCCUCCUUGCUCCCUUUUCCCCACGCUGGACCAGUCUGUGCUGAUGCGCUUGCAAGGUCACUGCUUGGGGAGGGAGAGGAGAGAGAGCCUCCUGUUAUGCUCACGUCAGCAAAGAUGUCAUAUCGCUCUCCGGUUCCUGUGGUUUUACUAUGACAUCCUGCCCAAAAUGAGGGACGAAUCCCAAAGGCUGGUGAAAGUGGCCAUUUGUAGGCUGAAAAGACAUAGAUAACUUCAAGGUCUGUGGAUUCUAAAUCGGCGUCUGGAUGGCGUGGAUGGGGAUGUGGGACUUGAACAGAUAGGUAUGCGUUUUGAGCUUGAUGCCUUUGGAAUAUGGGAGCUAGGAACCAGGGGCUCCACGUUAGGAACUAUGGUUGAGGCAGAGGCUGAGCCUGGGUGGAUGUGAAGACGGAGUGUGAGUUAUAGGUGGUGUUAGAGGACUUAGUCUUCAUGAGGAGGGGAAGGGAGAGAGAACGGAAAGAAAAGCCGUGGUUAUCUCUGCAAUCUGAAUAACUGAAGGCAGUGGCUGUUGGUGAGAUAUGCAUUGUGGCUAAAAACCUAUCCUAUCACUAGUGUCUAGAAUAGUCACAAGAUCUCAGGGUCCUUGUGGCUCUGGAGGGAGAUGAGCACCGUAGAGCCGAAUAAUGACUUGAGUUUUAUCAAAUAAUUCUCAGUGGAGAGGGCCUGGGAUCCCACCAAGAGUAGAGCCUGAUGCCUAAUAGAUUAGUAAAAGAUGCUUCAGGUGUGACCUUUGGAAUUUUGGCAGGAAAGGGCUCCUGAUUUUCAAUGUAAACAGAUUUCAAGGCUUAGCCUUGAGGUCUGGUCCUGUAAAUUCUUUUUUAUUUUAAGAUACUUUGGCUCUCACCUUGGGGAUUUUCCACAGAAUUGUUUAUAGAAUGAAUUAUGCUUUUACCCAUCUCCCAUUUCAUUUCUCUCUUACCCUCCCCUUCUCAUUCUGCUUGGGAGGCACUGAGCUCAGCUCUGUAACAGUGCCCCACGUUCUUCAGGAUGCUCGUGACUCCACAGCAGUGGACAGAACCCAAGGACUUUGUGGCUGAUGCCUAGAAAUGAGCUUAGAUCUUCAGAUAAUAUCAGAAUUCCUCCUGGGAACGUUGACUCCUUGCUUGGUGCCUUGAAGUUUCUCUGAGAUGAACUGAUGAACUGGAACCAUGGUGCAAAAGAAGAAGUUCUGUCCUCGGUUACUGGACUAUCUAGUGAUCGUGGGGGCCAGGCACCCAAGCAGCGACAGUGUGGCCCAGACUCCUGAACUGCUGCGGCGAUACCCACUGGAGGAUCACCCCGGGUUCCCCCUGCCCCCGGACGUGGUGUUCUUCUGCCAGCCAGAGGGCUGUCUGAGUGUGCGGCAGCGGCGCAUGAGCCUGCGGGACGACACCUCUUUUGUCUUCACUCUCACUGACAAGGACACUGGGGUCACGCGUUAUGGCAUCUGCGUUAACUUCUACCGCUCCUUCCAAAAGCGAAUGCCUAAGGAAAAGGGGGAUGGCGGGGCAGGGUCCCGGGGGAAGGAAGGACCCCGUGCCGCAUGUGCCUCAGAAGAGGUUGGCACCGAGAGCUCGGAGAGUGGUUCUUCCCUGCAGCCUCCCAGUGCCGACUCCACCCCCGAUGUGAACCAGUCCCCUCGGGGCAAACGCCGGGCCAAGGCGGGGAGCCGUUCCCGCAACAGUACUCUGACAUCCCUGUGUGUGCUCAGCCACUACCCCUUCUUCUCCACCUUCCGGGAGUGUCUGUAUACCCUCAAACGUCUGGUGGACUGCUGCAGCGAGCGACUGCUGGGCAAGAAACUGGGCAUCCCCCGAGGCAUACAAAGAGACACCAUGUGGCGCAUCUUUACUGGCUCACUGCUAGUGGAGGAGAAGUCAAGUGCCCUUCUGCAUGACCUUCGAGAGAUCGAGGCCUGGAUCUAUCGAUUGCUGCGCUCCCCAGUACCCGUCUCUGGGCAGAAGCGAGUUGACAUUGAGGUCCUGCCCCAGGAGCUCCAGCAAGCUCUGACCUUUGCUCUUCCAGACCCCUCUCGAUUCACCCUAGUGGAUUUCCCGCUGCACCUUCCCUUGGAACUUCUGGGUGUGGAUGCGUGUCUUCAGGUGCUAACCUGCAUCCUGUUAGAGCACAAGGUGGUGCUACAGUCCCGAGACUACAACGCACUCUCCAUGUCUGUGAUGGCGUUUGUGGCAAUGAUAUACCCCUUGGAGUAUAUGUUUCCUGUUAUCCCACUGCUGCCCACCUGCAUGGCAUCGGCAGAACAGCUGCUGUUGGCUCCAACCCCGUACAUUAUCGGGGUCCCUGCCAGCUUCUUCCUCUACAAACUGGACUUCAAAAUGCCUGAUGAUGUGUGGCUAGUGGAUCUGGACAGCAAUAGGGUGAUUGCCCCCACCAAUGCAGAAGUGCUGCCUGUCCUGCCAGAGCCGGAAUCCUUAGAGCUGAAGAAACAUUUAAAGCAGGCCCUCGCCAGCAUGAGUCUCAACACCCAGCCCAUCCUCAAUCUGGAGAAAUUCCAUGAGGGCCAGGAAAUCCCCCUUCUCUUGGGGAGGCCUUCUAACGACCUGCAGUCCACACCUUCCACUGAAUUCAACCCACUCAUCUACGGCAAUGAUGUGGAUUCUGUGGAUGUCGCAACCAGAGUGGCCAUGGUCCGUUUCUUCAACUCCCCCAACGUGCUGCAGGGCUUUCAGAUGCACACACGUACCCUGCGUCUCUUCCCUCGGCCUGUGGUAGCUUUUCAAGCUGGCUCCUUUCUAGCCUCACGUCCCCGGCAGACUCCUUUUGCUGAGAAAUUGGCCAGGACUCAGGCUGUGGAGUACUUUGGAGAAUGGAUCCUUAACCCCACCAACUAUGCCUUUCAGCGAAUUCACAACAACAUGUUUGAUCCAGCCCUGAUUGGUGACAAGCCAAAGUGGUAUGCUCACCAGCUGCAGCCCAUCCAUUAUCGAGUCUAUGAUAGCAAUUCCCAGCUGGCCGAGGCGCUGAGCGUGCCACCGGAGCGUGACUCUGACUCUGACCCUACUGAUGACAGCGGCAGUGAUAGUAUGGAUUAUGACGACUCAAGCUCUUCUUACUCCUCCCUUGGUGACUUUGUUAGUGAAAUGAUGAAAUGUGACAUCAAUGGUGACACUCCUAACGUGGAUCCCCUGACACACGCGGCACUGGGGGAUGCCAGUGAGGUCGAGAUUGAUGAGCUGCAGACCCAGAAGGAAGCAGAGGAACCUGGCCCAGACAGCGAGCACUCUCAGGAAACCCCCCUGCUGCGCUCCAGCUCCAGCCCCACCGCCGGCAGCAGCCCCAUCCGUGGAGCCAGUUCUGAACCUGCUGACUCAACAAAGAUGGAUGAUAAGACAGCAGUAGGCGUCUCCAAGCCCCCCACUACCGUGCCUCCCAGCAUUGGCAAGUCGAGUGUGGACAGGCGUCAGACAGAAAUUGGAGAGGGGUCAGUGCGCCGGCGAACCUAUGACAAUCCAUACUUCGAGCCCCAAUAUGGCUUUCCCCCUGAGGAAGAUGAUGAUGAGCAGGGGGAAAGUUACACUCCCCGAUUCAGCCAACAUGUCAAUGGCAAUCGGGCUCAAAAGCUGCUGCGGCCCAACAGCUUGAAACUGGCAAGCGACUCAGACGCAGAGUCGGACUCUCGAGCGAGCUCUCCCACCUCCACCGUCUCCAACAACAGCACUGAGGGCUUCGGGGGCAUCAUGUCUUUCGCCAGCAGCCUGUAUCGGAACCACAGCACAAGCUUCAGUCUUUCAAACCUCACGCUGCCCACCAAAGGUGCCCGAGAGAAGGCCACGCCCUUCCCCAGCCUGAAAGUAUUUGGGCUAAAUACUCUAAUGGAGAUUGUUACUGAAGCCGGCCCCGGGAGUGGUGAAGGAAAUAGGAGGGCCUUAGUGGACCAGAAGUCUUCUGUCAUUAAACACAGCCCGACGGUGAAAAGAGAGCCUCCCUCACCUCAAGGUCGAUCCAGCAAUUCUAGUGAGAACCAGCAGUUCCUGAAGGAGGUGGUGCACAGCGUGCUGGAUGGCCAGGGCGUUGGCUGGCUCAACAUGAAAAAGGUGCGACGGCUGCUGGAGAGCGAGCAGCUGCGAGUCUUCGUGCUGAGCAAGCUGAACCGCACGGUGCAGUCAGAGGACGAUGCCCGGCAGGACAUCAUCCCAGAUGUGGAGAUCAGUCGAAAGGUGUACAAGGGGAUGUUAGACCUGCUCAAGUGCACGGUACUCAGCCUGGAGCAGUCCUAUGCGCACGCAGGUCUGGGUGGCAUGGCCAGCAUCUUUGGGCUUCUGGAGAUCGCCCAGACCCACUACUAUAGUAAAGAACCAGACAAGCGGAAGAGAAGUCCAACAGAGAGUGUAAAUACACCAGUUGGCAAGGAUCCUGGCCUGGCUGGGCGGGGGGACCCCAAGGCUAUGGCACAGCUAAGAGUUCCCCAGCUGGGACCUCGAGCACCAAGUGCUGCAGGAAAGGGUCUCAAGGAGCUAGACACCAGAAGUUUAAAGGAGGAGAAUUUUGUAGCCUCUAUUGAAUUGUGGAACAAGCACCAGGAAGUGAAAAAGCAAAAAGCUUUGGAAAAACAGAGGCCUGAAGUAAUCAAACCCAUCUUUGACCUUGGUGAGACGGAGGAGAAAAAGUCCCAGAUCAGCGCAGACAGUGGUGUGAGCCUGACAUCUGGUUCCCAGAGGACUGAUACAGACUCCGUCAUCGGCGUGAGUCCAGCUGUUAUGGUCCGAAGCUCAAGCCAGGACUCUGAAGUUAGCACCGUGGUGAGUAAUAGUUCUGGAGAGACCCUUGGAGCAGACAGCGACCUGAGCAGCAAUGCGGGUGAUGGGCCAGGCGGCGAGGGCAGCGCCCACUUGGCAGGCUCGCGGGGCACUUUGUCUGACAGCGAAAUUGAGACCAACUCGGCCACCAGCGCCAUCUUUGGUAAAGCCCACAGCUUGAAGCCAAGCGUAAAGGAGAAGCUGGUGGGCAGCCCGGUUCGCUCUGCUGAAGACGUAAGCCAGCGAGUCUAUCUCUACGAGGGACUGCUAGGCAAAGAGCGUUCUACUUUAUGGGACCAAAUGCAGUUCUGGGAAGAUGCCUUCUUAGAUGCUGUGAUGUUGGAGAGAGAAGGGAUGGGUAUGGACCAGGGUCCCCAGGAAAUGAUAGACAGGUACCUGUCUCUGGGAGAACAUGACCGGAAGCGCCUAGAGGAUGAUGAAGAUCGUUUGCUCGCCACGCUUUUGCACAACCUCAUCUCCUACAUGCUGCUGAUGAGGGUAAAUAAGAAUGACAUCCGGAAGAAAGUGAGGCGCCUAAUGGGAAAAUCCCACAUUGGGCUUGUGUACAGCCAGCAAAUCAAUGAAGUACUCGAUCAGUUGGCAAACCUGAAUGGACGUGAUCUCUCUAUCCGGUCCAGUGGCAGCCGGCACAUGAAGAAGCAGACAUUUGUGGUACACGCAGGGACAGACACGAAUGGAGACAUCUUUUUCAUGGAGGUGUGCGACGACUGCGUGGUGUUGCGCAGUAACAUCGGGACGGUGUACGAGCGCUGGUGGUACGAGAAGCUCAUCAACAUGACCUACUGCCCCAAGACCAAGGUGUUGUGCUUGUGGCGCAGAAACGGCUCUGAGACCCAGCUCAACAAAUUCUAUACUAAGAAGUGUCGGGAGCUGUACUACUGCGUGAAGGACAGCAUGGAGCGUGCCGCCGCCCGACAGCAGAGCAUCAAACCCGGACCUGAACUAGGCGGCGAGUUCCCCGUGCAGGACAUGAAGACUGGUGAGGGUGGCUUGCUGCAGGUCACCCUAGAAGGGAUCAAUCUCAAGUUCAUGCACAACCAGGUUUUCAUAGAGCUGAAUCACAUUAAAAAGUGCAAUACAGUUCGAGGCGUCUUUGUCCUGGAGGAAUUUGUUCCUGAAAUUAAAGAAGUGGUGAGCCACAAGUACAAGACACCCAUGGCCCAUGAGAUCUGCUACUCUGUGUUGUGUCUCUUCUCGUACGUGGCAGCAGUUCGCAGCAGCGAGGAAGAUCUCAGAACCCCGCCCCGGCCCGUCUCCAGCUGAUGGAGAGGGCUUGAGGCUGCGCCAGCCCAGGGGAGGCCCCUUACCUCUCGCUGCUCGCGAGUGCACGAUGCUGCUGUGACUGAGAAGUGGGUGGUGCGUGAAUGUUCUCUGCGAGCCCCUCUCCGUGGCUCAGUUGGUUCCCAGUUACGUGUUUCUCUCGGUGUGUCUUAGUGUGUCUGUCACAGGCUGAGCUAGUCUCUCCCACCUGCUCCCUCUCCGCUCCCAGAGGACCAGCCUGCUGUCCCCCUCAGGGCUCAAGAGUGUGUGUGUGUGUCUGUCUGCUGGGCCAGUGGCGUCUGAGUACUCAGUACAGGCCAGUGCGAGCCCACUGUUCCGUGUCCUGGAGACAUUCAUUCGUGUUGUGGUUCAUUGUCCUUGGCGUUGUGACCCUCCAGUGUGGACUCCAGUGCACGACUGGGCACCUGGAGCAUUCCACUCUGGGGAGUGAGGGAAACUCGAGGCCUGUCCUCCCAGACGAGGCGGGGACGGCCAGAGAAAGGAAGGGAGAGUCAGGGGCAGCAGAGUGAGGGCCACCCCACCCCCCAUUUCCUUACGAAUUCCCAAGCUGGCAGCUCCUGCCCACGGGCCGCGGGCCUUGCUGUUGCCUCCCAGGCCUCCACCCCUGUGGUGGGGCUGCACUGAGGGGCUGCAUUUGCUGAGCAGCCAUUUCCCUAUGGUCUGCCUUGCCUUCGGCAUGAGAAAACACAUUGGUCAGGGACCACUUGCUGCCAUGCCUGGGAAGCUGGUGGGAUGGGAACAGGCCAGGUUGAGUGUACACGUCUGUGUCUGCAGGCAGCAUCUCCUGGCACUCGCUGCCAGAAGGGAGAGUUGCCCUGGCAGUGGGCAAGAGAUGGUUGUAAAUAUUUCAGCUCCACGUUAUUUAUAGAAAAUGUACAGAUGCGUGAAUGUGCAAUAAAUGUCCUAACUCCCCUUGG